AUGGGUUGGGGCGAAUCAGUUGUCUCGCACUUCCCAAUCAAGCCCGUACGCGCGCAAGCUUUGAGAUUCACCGGGAAGCCAUUUGGAACGGUCUUGUAUUGGACCCACACCGGCGAUAAGGCCGUACCGAAGCUUCCACCAGUGGCUCUCGAAACGGAAAGUGUAUCUGCGCCGAUAUUACGCUCUGAUUUUGCGGGGGGAAAUCCGGGAUGGUAA